AUGGAAGCGUUUGCAUAUAUUCCACCUUCAAGCAAAGGUUCUGGACGAAAACGGAGCAUCCCGUUCACGUCUAACUCUACCGACAGCUGGAUUUGGGCUAACACAAUCGACGACUUAGUCAACACAGCGUCGUUUUGGCCAGAAAAGGUAGAUGACGUUGUUGUAACUCUCCGCAACCUGGGCAGCGGGAAUAUCUGCAAGAGGCUGGACGACUAUCUGAAUGCCGGACCUUGCGAAGUUCCUCCUCAAUGGACGCACCUGGAAGUCGAAGAGCAUGUUAAGUCCCGGACCAUCUCUAUUCUCAACUUCCACGCCCUCACCGAUGCCAAGAUCUACAACCGCAUCAUCGACAUGGAAGUGGCCAUCGGAUACGCCGAAAACCGCAACCAACAACCGGCCUCUAAAACUAUCUGGCUCGCCUAUGAAGACACCAAGGCUAGUACUUGGAAUACCAGUACCGAAGACCUCGAUUUCACAGCCAUCAUCCCAACCCUCACCUCCGACACUCCAUUCAUUCUAGACGAAGAACGCAUUGAUAUUUCGGGUAACUUUAACGGAACCUACCAGUGGGGUCCACCUCACAUAUCAUCAACCCCAAUUAGGCUUGGGGUCCGGGUUGUUGUGCCGGCAUUAAGUUGCGUGACGGUGAGGCUGCUAGCUACACAUGCUUCAUGCGACAUUCCCUUCAACUACUCUAAGAACGACACUCCUUUGCGGACAACCUACAACGAGGAAGUUGGCCUUUACACUGGUGUCAGUCUCUACAACUUCCACCAAGUGAGAGAAGAAGCACCGCUUCCACCCGCUGCCGGAUGA